AUGCCCGGCUUCGUCAACAGUAGCUCCAGCUUCACCCUGCCCGUGUCCGCCAGCUAUCACACGCGGAAACCUUCCCUGGGAUCGUGGUCGACCACGCACAAGAGCGUCGGCAUCAAGUACGGGAGGGGAAAGUACGCUGACGUCGAGCUCAUGCCCCAGCCGAGUGACGACCCGGACGACCCUUUGAACUGGCCCAGGUGGCGCAAGGACCUCAACCUCGCCGCCCUGCUCUCAGUAGUCGCCCUCGCCGGCGCCCUCAAGACCGUCUUCCUGACGACUGCUGCUGUCGCCGCGGAGCGCUACCGCACCUCGUCCUAUCUGGCCGUCGCCGCGCUGACCGGCGUCCCGCUGAUGCUCUCCGCGCUGACCGGGACGGCCGCCUGCGUCGCCGCGCGGGUCUGGGGCCGGCGGCCCGUCUACAUGCUCGCUACCGGCGCUCUCUUCGUCGGCUCCGUGUGGAACGCGACCGCCGUCGACAGCUACGGCUCAUGCAUGGGCGCGCGCGUCGUCCAGGGCCUCGCCUGGGGCGUCUUUGACACGCUGGUCAUGACGUCCAUCCAGGACACCUACUUUGAGCAUCAGCGCAACCUCCGCGUCACGCUCUACAACGUCCUCAACAUCACCGCCACCUGGGGCGCCCCCCUCCUCGGCGGCCUCCUCUCCUCCUCGCACCCCUCCGACCUCGUCUACCAACUCCGCGUCAUCUCCGGACUCUUCCUCCUCGCCAUCCCGCUCCUCUGCCUCGCCGCGCCCGAGACCGCCUUUGACCGCUCCCACGCCGCCGCCGCGCCCACCCCCGUCUCCGGCUUUACUCUGUCUCGCCGCCGCCGGUGGCAGCCCUGGCGCGUCAAGCACCGCCUCACCCGCGCCCGCGUCCUCGGCUACCUGCGCGACAUGCGGCCCCUGACCUUUCGCCACCACCGCCAGGUCACCCGGGAGCUGCUGCUGCAGGUGCCCCGGGCGCUCGCCGCGCCGACCACGCUGCUGGUGGUGCUGCUCAGCGUGCUGCCCGUGGCGGCGCUCUGGGGCUUGGCGGGGUCGUUGUCGCUGCUGCUGGCGCCGCGGCCGGUGGGCGCGGGGCCGGCGACGCUCGGCGCGGUCAUGACGGGGCCGUGGAUCGCGCCGGCGCUCAUCGCGGGGUCGCUCGCGCUGUACCGCGGCGUGCACCUGCAGUUCACUCGGCUGGCCAACUGCCUCGUCGUCUGCGGGGGGUCCUCGCUGGCCCUCGUCGGCAUCCUCUCCUUUGGUCUCGGCGUCGGCAACUUCAUGACCACGUCCCCGUCACCGUUGUCGGGGUCGUUAUUCUCCGAGGACGGCGCGGGACAGCUCAGCCUCGCGCUCGUCUCCUUCCAGCUGGCCGUGCUCGCCGCCGGCGCCGCCGUGCUCGACGCCGCCACCCGGCCGAGCCUCGCCCGCAGCGCCUCCUUCACGGCGUCCAACAUGACGGCGGCGCUGCGCAGUAUCGGCGACAUGCACGCGGGAGUGGUCGUCUACCGGAACCUCGCCGCGGGCGUCUUCGCCAUGGCCGUGCCCGUCUCCGUCGCGCGGCCCGGUGGGCUCCGGGCGGUCACGCUCGGCCUGGCCGUCGCGCAGCUCGUCGUCUCGGGGGUCGUCGUCGCGCAGCGCUGCUGCUUCGACGAGGCCGUCUGGCGCGCCGACGGCAGGGUCAUGGGCCUGAUCGACCUGAGCAGCUUGAAGCUCUCGGUCAGCUACUUCGAACCGGAUGAGCGAGCUUGA